UUGGUAUCGAUCUGGGAACAACACAUUCUUGUGUGGGUACGUGGAAAAAUAAUCAAUUUCAAAUAAUUACAAAUGAUAGUGGAAAUCGUAUCACUCCUUCAUAUGUAGCAUUCACUGAUUAUGGACGUUUAAUUGGUGAUACUGCUAAAAGUCAAAUAUUUAGAAAUUGUUCUAAUACUAUUUACGGUUUUAAAAGACUCAUUGGUCAUGAUUUUGGUGACCCGAUUAUUCAAAAUAGUAUUAAAGAUUGGCAAUUUAAUGUCGUUAAUAGGAAUGGUAGACCUAAUAUUCAAGUUGAGGAAAUGGGUUUCACUAAAUAUUUUACUCCCGAAGAAAUCUGUACUAUGGUGUUGUCAAAAAUUAAAAAAUUUGCCGAAGAUUUCACUGGAUCACAAGUUAAUUCUGUCGCUAUUGCAAUUCCAGACUGCUAUAAUCUAACACAAAAUAAAGCUAUUGUAAAUGCUGGUCAUGCAGCAGGCUUUGAUACUACUACAAUUAGUGAUACGUCAGCUUCAGCAAUUACCUAUUGUAUGUCACAUAAAUUAGUAAUAGGUGAACAAAAUUUAUUGAUUGUUGAUCUUGGAAGUGGUAGUCUUAGUGUGUCUUUUGUGACUGUUGAAGAGAAUAUUAUUGAAGUGAAGGCAGCUGCUU